UUCAUUUCAGUCUCUCUCUCUGCACAUUACAGUCUGGACAAGAGGACCUUCAGUCUCACUGGCAGUUGUCAUAAAAUAAAAUAGUUAAAUAUAUGAGACAGCAGAGCGAGUUGAAAUCCAACGAGGUUGUUUUGGAGUCGGAUGAGUCCAUGGACCAACAAGAUUUUAGCGAGAUGUCUGGUUAUUCUAUUAACGACGUCAUAUACUCCGAAUGUUCCGCAAUGGAGCAAAUCGACACUUUUAUGAAAAACGUUCAGGUGUUGCUGGAUGCAGCAAAUUACAUUGAAAACCAUGAAAAGAACAACGGAAAAUGUGAACAUGGAUAUGCCUCAACAUACCCUGCAACUCAGAGCACGCAUCAUCAGAGACAACGGAAAUUCAAGAAUAAAAAAAUGGACAAUAUUCACAACAGGUCAGCACACAAUGAGCUGGAAAAAAACAGACGAGCACAUCUCCGCCUGUGUUUGGAGAGGUUAAAGAUGCUGAUCCCACUGGGACCAGACUGCAGUCGGCACACUACCCUGGGGUUGCUUAACAAGGCCAAGGGUCACAUUAAGAAACUAGAGGAGAUGGACCGGAGGAGCCAGCACCAGCUGGAAAGCCUGGAGCGAGAGCAGAGGCACCUGCAGAGGCAGCUGGCCCACCUGCAGACCCCCGGAGGCAGAGACAGGGACAGGGUCCGUAUGGACAGCCUAGGUUCCCCUUUGGCCUCAGAACACUCUGACUCGGACCAAGAAGAGAUCAAGGUGGACGUGGAAAGCACUGACCUCUCCCAUGGAGAUUUGGACAGUAUCAGCACCAAUGGCUGCAGUGACUUGGAAGACCACAACAGUCGGCAGAGCCUGGCCAGCGACGAGGGCUACUCCACCUGCAGUCUAAAACUGGCCUUUUCCUCCUAAGAACCAGCCUGAAGCUCCUCAUCCACCCUUGCAGUCUAAACUGGGCUUCUAAGAACCAGUCUAAAACUCCACUCCACCUGCAGUCUAUAACUGGUCCUCUACUACGAACCAACCUGAAGUUCAACUCCUUAUGCAGUCUAAAUCUGGACUCACCUCCUAAGAACCAGCCUAAAUCAAGAACCAGCUAAAAGCUAAACCCCACCUACAGUUUGGAAGGACAGAUCUUACCUCAACUGUAAAAUCUUGACUCUGAUGUGUCUGUUACCCGUCUCCUCCUAAAACCAGCACAAAAACUAUAUAAAACCAGCCAGAAGCGCACCAGUGACAAGGGCAACUUUUUCCCCCACUUUGGAAACCCCUAGCAGAUGACCAUCUGAGAAAAGAAACAAUUCUUGUCAAUCACCAAGCAAGUUACUAGGGCUUCUCUAUCUCCAAUCCAAACCGUUUUUCUUAUACAGUACCCACAGUUAUACCCCAAAUCUUUGACAAGCCACCAAUGUUAUUCCUACCUUUAUGAUUAAGAAAUGUAUUUAUUUUCCCAAUAUUUAUCGUGCUGUACUGUCUUGGUCACACUUGAAUUAUGAAAUGAAUGGAUAAUAUUAUUUGGAUGUUUUGACAACUGUAAUGUUUGGUUUUAUAUAAGUCUUGUGGUUUUGAAUUGAGCGUUGACAAGUUCUUAGACAAAAGCUAGUGCAAUGGUACAUGACACGCUAAAUGUAUCACUCUGGUCUGUUGUGAGAUUGACAUUUAUCCCCGUUGAGAUGUCAAAAUAAUUGUUUGUAUACAUUAGGCAGCUAUGAGAUAUACCGCACUUCAAGGCCCAAGCACAAUUUUGAAGCAAUAACACUUGCCAUUUCAUGUCAACUCUUGAGUUGGCUGUUUUAGGCACACCAUUUUGGCCACCAACACCAAAUUGAAUGUGCUUGUUUUGUAACUUCAAUAGCUUUAAUUACAAAUAGUAAUCAAUAUUAAGAUAAUGGUUUGAACAAAAGUCAUGUUGCAUGUGUAUUGAAUGUAGUUCUCCAUUUUUUCAUCAUGGGCUUUGGAUUGAUGAACACAUGGCAGAGUUUUUACUUAGUAACUUAUUUGUUGCAUUGUAGCUGAGAAGCAUUCCAAUGUUAAAACCCUGACACUGUAUAUUCUGAGUAUUUAUGUACAAAAAUCACACUUUCCCCCAAUUGCACUGCAAGACUAUUCCACUAACCAAAUUGGAAAUGUCAUUUUAUGACCAUACCCAUAUUUUUGUGGUACAACUAAAUAGAUUAUCACCACCAACUGUGUCUUAACAUGGCUAAAUUGACUCUUGCACAGGUUUCUUAGUUCCAAGUCUUUAUUCAAUGUCAGUGUUGGGUAAUUUGUAAAAUGCACUAUGAAAAAGACUUGUUCUAAGAAAGUGUCUCUUAACACUACUGCGCUAAAUCAGCCAUCAAAGGUGACUUUUACAAAAGAACAUGUUGCUGGCCCCCUGCCACCAUUUUGUGUUUCCUGGUAGUGGUCCCUUAAACUGGAUCAAUAAACCUCUACCACCCCAUGUACCUA